AUGGCAACGCAACUCAUUGCUCUGCCGGCCGUAGAACGUCUCAGUCCUACUUGCAUACGCAUACUGGGCGGCAAUCCAGGAAAAUUCACUCUUCAAGGUACAAACACUUACCUUCUUGGCACAGGCCGAAGUCGACUCCUCAUUGACACGGGUGAGGGGCGCAAGGCUUGGAUCACUUCGGUUCGCGAGAUACUGCAGCAGGAAAAUGCAACCAUCGCCACUGCCUUAAUCACGCAUUGGCAUCAUGACCAUACCGGCGGUAUUAAAGACCUCCUGAGUACCUCUCCUCAGGCGAGAAUCUACAAGCACACUCCCGACGACGGACAGCUCGACAUAAAGCACGGUCAGCGCUUUGAAGUCGAGGGCGCGACCUUGACAGCUGUAUAUACGCCAGGACACACCAGCGAUCAUGUCGUGUUCGUGUUUAAGGAGGAAGAUGCAAUGUUUACUGCUGACAAUGUCCUCGGCCAGGGCACAGCUGUUUUUGAGGAUCUGGUCACAUACAUUCGGAGUCUCGAAGAGAUGAAAUCUCUCUUCAAAGGUCGAGCGUACCCCGGACAUGGACCAGUCAUAGAGAAUGGACCAGCCAAGAUUGCAGAAUAUAUUGCACACCGACGACAGCGGGAGGAACAGGUUAUUCGGACCCUGAAAACAGGACCGGGAGACGUAGAGACGAACGACCCCGCAUCAUGGUCGGAGUGGACGGCAAUGGACUUGGUCGAAGUUAUCUACAAAGAUGUGCCGAGGGAUCUUUAUCCAGCUGCUUGUGGUGGUGUUUUGCAAAUUCUGGGAAAGUUGGCGGGCGAGGGUCGCGUGGCUCAUGAUGGCGAGAAAUGGAGGAUGAUUGCAGAUAGCCGAUCGUCGCUAUGA